AUGAAGACUCUCCUUAUUACACUUUCUGCCUUAGUGCUCUUUUUGGGAAUUCUUGCUGCUUCCAUUGAGGCUCAACAGGCUCAUUGCUUUGAUAAAUCCUUCCAAACUCAACUCCGCGUUUUUGAACCAAAGAGAGAUUUUAUUGAUACUCAAAUGCUCUUUGUUGAUGCCGAUGCUGGUUUGACCAGAACUGAUAUGAUCAUGAGAGAACCAGUCGCGAGAAAUGUGAGCGUUUAUAUCAAUUACAAACUCAACAAGAGAUGGAUUUAUGAGGUUGCUCAGAACUUUUGCCAUUCUGAUGUUGUUACUCAACCUCAACAACCUUUCUGUAUUUCAUCCAAUGCCACUUAUGUAAGAUCUGACGUCAUUGGAGGAACCCUUAAGGUUGAUGUUUAUGAUGAGAAAUUGUUCGGUUUCUCUGCUCGUAUUCUCUAUGCUCCUGCAACCAAUACUCCUGUCGAAGUUAUGACUAAGGCCGGUGGCUUUGGCAAUGGAAUGAUCAUUGAGGAGUACUUUAACUGGAUUCAUCAAAAGCCUGCUCCUGCAGUCUUCACUUUGCCUCAAGCUUGCAAGAACGUUGCUGCUCAAAGAGCUGCUGUCUCCCCACAAAAUAAGGUAAUGAUCACUGAAGUUACCAAGAGAGUCGAUUCUUUGCUCUACAGAAAGAGUGUCAAGACCUUGCUCAGCCAACAAUAA